AUGCUCACCAUCCUGAUGGAGGUCACCUCUGCGGCAAAAGGGAGGAACAGAAAAUUGAACACGGGACAUCCACGUUUGAGGAGGGCCACAAAGUACAUGCUGGACUUGGAAAACAUAAAGCACGUGUUUCACCCUCCAUUAUACAACUGGGGCUCCUCGAGCGCUAGCUUCAGAAAUCGCUCCCUGUCUCCCUGGAACUACAAAGAGGACGUUGACUCUGAUCGCUGCCCUUCCACCAUCUUUAAAGCAGAAUGCGUGAGCACACAUUGCCUGAACAGCAGAGGGUUCGAAGAUCCAGGUCUCAACACCCACCUCGUCCAUCAGGAGAUGAUUGUGCUGAAAAGGAAAAAGGGCCCUGAUCACAAGAUCAUCUACCGUGCGGAGAAGAUGAUGGUCCCUGUUGCUUGUGUCUGUGUCCGCCCAGAGGUCAUCACUGCCUAA